AUGGCCACCACCUACGAAGAGUUCUCUGCCAAGCUCGACCGUCUCGACGCCGAGUUCUCCAAGAAGAUGGAGGAGCAGAACAAGAAGUUCUUUGCUGACAAGCCGGACGAGAGCACGCUCUCUCCUGAGAUGAAGGAGCACUACGAGAAGUUCGAGAAGAUGAUCCAGGAGCACACCGACAAGUUCAACAAGAAGAUGCGCGAGCACUCGGAGCACUUCAAGACCAAGUUUGCUGAGCUGCUUGAGCAGCAGAAGAACGCCCAGUUCCCCGGCAAGUAA